CUGCCCACUGCCUCGAUCUGCCAUUCGUAUGACUCUGUGCAUGUUAUCUUUCAUUGUGUGCCCUUUAUUUACAUGACGUGUUAUGCGUGUGGCAUAUAUUUGCGAUUGUACCAUGUAUUUCUGUGCACUGUGUCUAUGCAGUUUGUUGUUUGGGGUUAUUUCGGCCACGUAGGUUUCCUCUUUUGUGAAUUGCCUUUUGAUAUUCUUAACCCAUAUUUUAAAAAUUGCAUUGUUAGCCCACUAAAUUCCCUCCACCUGGCACACCCACCAACCUAUUUCCACAACCUAUCUGAAUGCCCCCUUUUCAGGAAACUUGUGUCUCUUGCCUGCCUGUGUUGUUCUUGCGUUGUGGUUUUAUGUGUUAUGUCCGUCUACCUUACAUGCAUGUUCUGUUGUGUCUCUGUUGUGUACAGUGUGUUCCCCCUUGUGUAUCUACGCCUAUGGCUGGUGUGUACAGUACUUCUCUUUGUGGUGUGUGUCCUGUACAUGCUGCGGUGUGUUCUGACCUGUAUCUGUGCGCUGUGCACUGUGUGUUGUGUAUCUACAUUACGCUUGGGCUGUGUCUCUGUGCCGAACGCCUGUGCUGUGAGUGCAAGCUGUUGUGUGGCCCGUUUGGCCGUCCUGGGUCUGUGUCUGCGUGUCUGCGCCAAGGGUCCGCGCCGCCCUGCUGUGUGUCUGUGCCAGGGUCCGCCGGUGCCUGCGCGCAGAGCUGUGUUUCCUCAACAAGUGUGCGAGCGGCAGUGUGCGCCAUGCGCACUGCCUGGCGUCUCCGUGUGCGCCGCGGUGUGGCCGCUCCUCGGCGGGGGGCCCAGGUCCGGGAAAGUGGCCGCGGAGGAUGCGCGCCCGCGAGGCGGGCGGGGGCGGGCUGCGCUGCGGGGCCCGGCGGCCGCGGGCUCCAAUGGCGAGGCCGGCGCGGCCCCCGCUAAUUACAUAAGCGGGACGUCAAUAAUUCGCGGGAAAACGCGAAAAAGAUGGCGCCCCGCGCCCGGGGGGCCCCUUCCUGAGCGCCCCGGCCCCUCCCUCCGCCGCCUCCCCUCCUCCCCGCGGCGCCCCCGCCCCGCUCCGCCCCCGCCGAGACCCCGACCCCGGCCCCACGGGCGGACACUCGGCCGGGCAGCCGCGGGCCGAGCGCAGCCGCCUCCGCCACCGAUGCGCCUGGUGGCCAGACUCCAAGUGGGACCGGCGGACACGCAGCCUCGCGUGUCAGGGGAAGCUGAUGGAGAAUCGAGCUCUGGAUCCAGGGACUCGGGACUCCUAUGGUGCCACCAGCCACCUCCCCAACAAGGGAGCCCUGGCGAAGGUCAAGAACAACUUCAGAGACUUGAUGUCCAAGCUGACGGAGGGCCAGUAUGUGCUGUGCCGGUGGACAGAUGGCCUGUACUACCUCGGGAAGAUCAAGAGGGUCAGCAGCUCUAAGCAAAGCUGCCUCGUGACUUUCGAAGAUAAUUCCAAAUACUGGGUCCUAUGGAAGGACAUACAGCAUGCCGGCGUUCCAGGAGAGGAGCCCAAGUGCAACAUCUGCCUGGGGAAGACAUCAGGGCCGCUGAAUGAGAUCCUCAUCUGCGGGAAGUGUGGCCUGGGUUACCACCAGCAGUGCCACAUCCCCAUAGCGGGCAGUGCCGACCAGCCCCUGCUCACACCUUGGUUCUGCCGACGCUGCAUCUUCGCACUGGCUGUGCGGAAAGGCGGCGCGCUGAAGAAGGGCGCCAUCGCCAGGACGCUGCAGGCCGUGAAGAUGGUGCUGUCCUACCAGCCCGAAGAGCUCGAGUGGGACUCGCCCCACCGCACCAACCAGCAGCAAUGCUAUUGCUACUGCGGCGGGCCCGGAGAAUGGUACCUGCGGAUGCUGCAAUGUUACCGGUGCAGACAGUGGUUCCACGAGGCCUGCACCCAGUGCCUCAAUGAGCCCAUGAUGUUUGGAGACCGGUUUUACCUGUUCUUCUGUUCCGUGUGUAACCAGGGCCCAGAGUACAUCGAGAGGCUGCCCCUGCGAUGGGUGGAUGUGGUUCACCUGGCCCUCUAUAAUCUGGGGGUACAGAGCAAGAAGAAGUACUUUGACUUUGAGGAGAUUCUGGCCUUUGUCAACCACCACUGGGAACUCCUGCAGCUUGGCAAGCUCACCAGCACCCCCGUGACAGAUCGAGGACCGCAUCUCCUCAAUGCUCUGAACAGUUACAAAAGCCGGUUCCUCUGCGGGAAGGAGAUCAAGAAGAAGAAGUGCAUCUUCCGCCUGCGCAUCCGCGUCCCACCCAACCCACCAGGGAAGCUGCUGCCUGACAAGGGACUGCUGCCAAAUGAGAACAGCGCCUCCUCUGAGCUGCGUAAGAGAGGAAAGAGCAAGCCUGGUUUGUUGCCUCACGAAUUCCAGCAGCAGAAAAGGCGAGUUUAUAGAAGAAAAAGAUCAAAGUUUUUGCUGGAAGAUGCUAUUCCCAGUAGUGACUUCACCUCAGCCUGGAGCACCAACCACCACCUGGCUAGCAUAUUUGACUUCACGCUGGAUGAAAUUCAAAGUUUAAAAAGUGCCAGCUCAGGCCAGACCUUCUUCUCAGAUGUCGACUCCACCGACGCUGCCAGCACCUCUGGCUCUGCCUCCACCAGCCUCUCCUAUGACUCCAGAUGGACAGUGGGCAGCAGAAAGAGGAAGCUGGCAGCCAAGGCAUACAUGCCCCUGCGGGCAAAGCGGUGGGCAGCUGAGCUGGAUGGACGCUGCCCCUCGGACAGCAGUGCAGAGGGGGCUUCAGUCCCGGAGCGGCCAGAUGAAGGCAUUGACAGCCACACAUUUGAGAGCAUCAGUGAAGAUGACUCAUCCCUGUCCCACCUCAAGUCAUCUAUCACCAACUACUUUGGUGCAGCUGGGCGGUUGGCCUGUGGGGAGAAGUACCAGGUGUUGGCUCGGAGGGUCACACCUGAGGGCAAGGUUCAGUACCUGGUGGAGUGGGAAGGGACCACCCCUUACUGACUAGCCCCCAGGGGUGCCAGGGGUCCUGAAAACCAAAGGAGGAGCAGCAGAAGCCAUAGGCUCCCCAGCUUUCUCCAGGCUGGGGUGGGAGAAGGAAGCAGGACAGAGCUGCAAGUGCCUGGCAGAAGGCCCUCCCUGCCUGCCUGCCUGCCUGCCAGGCCAAGGCCUGCGUCUCUCUGCUGUACCAGCUCUGUUCCAGGGCCUCCUCAGGCUCAUUACCCCUGUGCCUGUGUCUCUACACACUCCACAACCCCUCAAACUCUGUUUAUCUGUUCCUCUGACCUUGAGUCCCCUGCUCUGGGACCCUUCCUCCUGAGGCCCAGGUCUUUGUCCCCAGUUGUGUGCCUUGACCUCUCACCCCUUUUUGGGUGUGUUUGCACAUCCUGUGUGUGCACAGCUGUCCCUCCGCUGGAUACCCUUUACAUCUGACCCGUGGGGCAGCCAGUCUUCCCAGGGACUACAUAACAGGCACCUUUGAGAGAGCCUGGGAGAGAUGGAUAAGAGGAUGCUGCUCAGUGCUGUUCUCUUCCACUUUCCUGCCACUCCCCACUGCCCUUGGAGAGAGGUAGUAGGGUGGGAGAAAGCCCCUGUGAAAGCCUGCGAGGAUCUGAAGAGUGAAGGGCUGGGUCUGCCUCAGAAGGCACCAGCACCAGGGUCCAGGCUGAGAGUGAAGGCUGCCAGUAUCAGCUUUGGAGGUCAGUGUCAGCUUUGGCCACACCCCCUCAGUCUCCAUAGAGCUGGGCCUGGCCUUGCUGGAAUGGAGGCAUCCUUCCAAACCUGGGGGACGGGGCUGGGCAGUGGUGGUAGGAGGGAAACCAUGUCGUGCUAAACUUGUUUCUGGUGCCUCCCACCCCCAGACCCACUAGACACCACACAGCAGACAAUAUACACCCACUCCCACAAGUUUCCAUCCACAUGUGUUGUACUUUCAGCUCCAGGCACGCAGACAGCCCCACACGGCCACACCACCACAUGCCUAAGUGUACUCACACACACAGGCACACAGUCCCUCUGGGCCUGCUGGCUCCUCUCUUGGCUUUCCUGUGGCCCACUUCCAGGGCCCAAGUGCUGCAACUAAAUGUGAAAGCUCAGCUCCCGCCCCUUCUUUCAGCCCAUCAACCAGCUUUGGUCCCAUAGGGAAGCACAGGGGACUCACCCUCUUUCAUGUCCCUUGCCCUGCCCUGAAAUGGACAAUCACUUUUUGGGAUAGGUUGAAAUGUUUAAAGGGCCUGCAUCAUUCAGUUCCCUCAAAGGGAAGCUCUUGCCAAUCGGGGUUUGAAAGAGAAUUUUUGGAACAACAUUCAAAUUCUGCCUCAUCUGGAGGGAAACCAAAAUUGGGAGGGGGAAGAGGACCCCUCAUGUUUUGCUGCUUCCAGAGAUAUUAGAAACUGACUCACUUGAUUGGAAAGUGGACAAAAGUGCCUUGACGUGGAGGGUGGGCACCAGAUGGGGACCAGCCUUGCCAACUGCUGCUGUGGCCUCCAGCUUGGCUGGUUUUGCAGGCCGCCAGCAGGAAGGCGAAGGUGGUGGUAGAGCAAGAGGCACUGGUGGGGCAGCAGGCCUGCAGGAGCUGUUUUUCCAUUACUAGGCCUGACCCCUCUCUACCUGUGAGCGUUCAGGGGGUCCCUGAGAUAGUUUAGAUGCCCCCCAUCUUAGACCUCAGCUCCCACAGUGCCUUUUAAGGGGGACCUCACCUCCUGUGCACAGCCCACCCACUUUCCUCUGCUUCCCUGGCACAGCCCAGGCAUAGAUAAGCUGGCAUUGGACCCAGUUCUUCCCCUUUCUCAGCCCCACAGCUGCUGCCACAGGGGCCAACUGGGGCCAGGUGGAAGGGGAGCUGGGAAGCCAGCCCCUAGCCCAGGGGUGCUGUGGGACCUGGGAUUCAAUUUGUAGCUUCCUGCCUGGCUUCAGAGAGCCCAGCAACCUCCUAGGCCUGCUUUCCAGACUUCUGAGAUAGCCUGGGACAAGCAAUCCUGUUACAGUACAUCUGGACCUUCCCUACCUGGGCUCUGGGGAGGCUCUGGGCUUGGAGAGGGAAAAGCGGGGAAGGGGUGUCUUCACCACCUGGGAAGAUAGCACAAGGCCUAAUGAGGUCACCCUGACUGCCCACCCCAGCAUUUCAUUCAUACCAGAUAAUAGCUGCAUUACUGCCAACUGACCUUAUAACCCUCUGCACCUUCAAAAAGAUUCAUGGUUUUUAAUUGCUGCUUUUAAUAACAUUUGUUAAAGUUAUAAUUAAUGUGUCUGUUUUAUGAUUUAAAAGCUCCCUUUGAACAAU